CUCCUUUGGACGGGCAAAACAGUCUCCCCGCACAGACACAAUAAAGUUUAGAGCUGGACGCUCGCAGGCAGUAGGCGCUAAACUAAGACCGCUGCAUCGCGUCGCUGCGCUGCGCUUCUCCACACGGAGUUAUUAACGGGAAACAGCACAGAAGGACUGCGGGAUUUAUCCAGAUGUAGGUUUUUUUCAACUGGAUGCACGCAUUGCUUUAAUUAAAAACACGCGCUUUUCAUUACGCACAGCUAGCGCAAUGGUUCACUGCUGCUUUCUGGAUGUUUUAAUCUAUUGAAUGGCACCGAGUCGGAUAUUAUAGCCUCCAAAACGCACGGAGUACACGCGCUCCACUCCUGCUGGACUAUAAACACGCGCCGCGGUUUCCAGGGCGACCGAACCUAACUUUGUGUUUGAGGAGAUAGCAACUGUGCCAACAUUUCCAGAGGGCAGCCGCUCCGGUGUCGCGGUGACCAUGCCCGGGACGAUGGUGUCCCUCGGCGGAGCAGCCUUGCUCGUCUUGCUCGGGCCGCUCUGCGUGGUGCAGGCUUUCGGCGACGAGGUGGAGGAAAUGACCUGCGACCCGAUCCGGAUCAGCAUGUGCCAGGGUCUCGGCUACAACGUCACCAAGAUGCCCAAUCUGGUCGGCAACGUGCUGCAGUCGGACGCCGAGCUGCAGCUGACCACGUUCACGCCGCUCAUACAAUACGGCUGCUCCAGUCAACUCAAGUUCUUCCUGUGCUCAGUCUAUGUGCCAAUGUGCACUGACAAGGUUCCCAUCCCCAUUGGGCCAUGUGGUAGCAUGUGUCUGUCUGUCAAGAGAAAAUGCCUCCCAGUGCUCCAUGAGUUUGGCUUCAUAUGGCCUGAGGUGCUGAACUGCAGCCUCUUCCCACCUCAAAACGACCAUAACCACAUGUGCAUGGAGGGUCCGGGGGACGAGGACCCACCCUACCAGCCCGUCCGCCAUCCACCCCACCAGGAGGAGUGUCAGGCCCUGGGAUCUGCACCUGACCAGUAUACCUGGUUAAAACAGACCGAAAGCUGUGCUCUCCAGUGUGGCUACGAGAGCGGGCUCUACCGACGGGGGGCCAAAGUCUUCACAGACGCAUGGAUGGCAGUGUGGGCCGUGCUGUGCUUCCUGUCGACCACUCUGACAGUCCUGACCUUUCUGUUGGAUUCGCAGCGCUUCUCCUACCCUGAAAGGCCCAUCAUCUUCCUGUCUAUGUGCUGUAAUCUCUACAGUGUUGCCUACCUGGUGCGGUUGACUCUGGGUAGGGAGCGGGUUUCCUGUGACCUGGAUGCCACAGCAGUACCAAUUCUAGUCCAAGAAGGGUUGAAGAGCACCGGCUGCGCCAUAGUCUUCCUCCUGCUCUAUUUCUUUGGCAUGGCUUCCUCACUCUGGUGGGUGAUCCUGACUCUCACUUGGUUCUUGGCUGCUGGACUGAAGUGGGGCCACGAGGCUAUUGAAAUGCACAGCUCCUACUUCCACAUAGCAGCCUGGGCCAUCCCAGCGGUCAAAACCAUUGUCAUCCUCAUAAUGAGGCUGGUGGAUGCAGAUGAUCUGACGGGACUCUGCUACGUUGGCAACCAGCAGCAGGAGGCGCUUACGGGCUUUGUGGUGGCACCACUGGCCACAUACCUUCUAAUAGGCACUCUGUUCAUCUGUGCUGGCCUAGUGGCUCUUUUCAAGAUCCGCUCCAAUCUUCAGAAGGACGGCGCCAAAACAGACAAGCUGGAGCGUUUAAUGGUGAAGAUCGGCGUGUUUUCUGUUCUCUACACUGUCCCAGCGUCCACCGUCAUUGGCUGUUACCUCUACCAGCUCUCUCACUGGGGGGAGUUCAGGGCCAGCCCCCGGGACUCGUAUGUGGCGUCAGAGAUGCUUCGAAUCUUCAUGUCACUGCUUGUUGGCAUCACGUCAGGCAUGUGGAUCUGGUCCGCAAAAACCCUCCACACCUGGCAGCGCUGCUCCGCCCGCCUGCUCAGGGACAAUAGGGCGAGCCGAGGGGGCAAGAGGGCACCGGGCGAGGGCUGGAUCAAGCCGGGGAAAGGUAAUGAGACAGUGGUGUGAGGAGAAUGAAAGAGAACGGACAGGAAUGGACUUCUGCCUGGUUUCCCCUCACCCAAAGUCACUCUGCCUAAGAAGAGAAGGAGAGGACAGAGAAGAGAGAGAGGGAUGAGAGGGAGAUGAACAGGGACUGUCUCCAGGAAGCCACUGGAUGUAAUGGCAUCAUAAAAGCUCACUGUGAGUCCUUAAGCAUGUCUCAUCCCCGUCUAAGUGACUCUGAGCCUCUCACAGGGGUAAUGGAGGAGGAAAGUGCAGGUUCGGGUCGUGCAUAAGUAGCAACAAUAGCCUCUCUACCUCUGUUAGACUUCCUUUGCCCAGAGAGACAGAGAAAGCAAGAAAUGAAGGAGAGAGAGAGACGGGAAAGGCAGAACAGAAGCACCAAUAUGCAGACCAGACACACCGAUAAGCUGUGUAGCACCACGUCUACCUCUCUGUCUCUCUUUUCUCCAGAGCACUCAGCGGAAGAGACUGAACCUGCUGGAUACAGUAACCCUUAUACCGUUGUGUCUUUUUCGGGUCUUUUUGAAGUUUGAAUUUUACACUGGAGGGUCUUGGUGCAGACUUUAAACAGAGGUAGGUUGACCUUUCCCAAAAGCAUCUGACAACUUGAGUUCCUGUGGGUUUUUUAUGUCCACACUGGAAAAACAAAACAAAAGAAAUACCAGACCAAAAGUAAAAUCGGAUGGAAACAUAUAAAACAAGGCCUUAAAAUCAAUGAAGUUUUACAUUUAAACAAUAUUAUUAUCCAUUUUUGUAAAUUAUUGCCUUUUGUACAAUAUAAAAGAGAAGAUGAUUUUAAUUGCUCAGAUUUUGUGGGGGGAAACCAACUCUAAGCUGUAAUAAUGCACUAUAAUUUUAUACAACAUGUGAAGUGUGUGCGCUUGUUACAAGUGCAUUACCAGGGACAGCAGAGAUGGGACUAGUAACAAGUCAUUACACAAUAUGUUAAUAUGCAGAG